CCCAAAUUGGAACACCGAGAGGGACGUGCGCGUGCGUGUUGUGUGGGCUGUGUGUGUGUACCACUACCCGAGCAGGGAAGCCGGGCUGCCCUCGGGCCGCGAUGGCUAGGGACCUGAUCGGCCCUGCGCUGCCCCCGGGCUUCAACGCCCGAGGGACUGCGGAGGAAGAGCCGGACCUGAGUCCCGUCGCAGGACCAGCACUGCCCCCUGACUACAAGAGCAGUAGUUCAGACUCAUCAUCCAGUGAUGAAGACAGUGACUCUCCUUUGCCACACCAAGGGGGAAAGGAAGAUUCUGAAGAGGAGUAUGACACGGGUCCAACCCCAAGAAAACAGAGAAGAAGUCAAAAUGAAAAUGAAGAUGAUGAUGAUGAUGAUGAUGAUGACGAUGGCUUUUUUGGGCCAGCUCUUCCUCCUGGAUUUAAAAAACAGGAUGAUUCUCCACAGAGGCCAAUUAUAGGUCCUGCAUUACCACCUGGUUUUAAGAACCGAGCACAGAAAACUGGGGAAAACAGAGAUGAUUUAGGAGUACCAGCGCCAUCAUCUUUCAACUCUGAGGGAACAGAGAGCAGUGAAGAUGAUGAGGCCAUCAUUGGACCAAUGCCUACAAAAGGGCCAGUUGAUUAUAGUGUGACUAAAGAAUUUGAACGGAGAGCUCAAAAAAUGAAAGAAAAACUCACUAAAGGAGAUGAUGAUGGGUCCAGACCAGUUACAAGGGAAUCAUGGAUGACUGAGCUCCCUCCAGAACUGAAAGGUUUUGGUCUUGGCCCAAGAACUUUCAAGAGAAGAGCGGAUGACAAAUCUGGCGAUCGAUCGGUUUGGACAGAUACUCCAGCUGACAAAGAAAGAAAAGCUAAAGAAGCACAGGAAGCAAAGAAGCAAACCGGUAAGAGUGAUGAGGAACGUAUAUUAUCAGUAAGGGAUAAGAGAUUGGCUGAGCAGGUGUCUUCAUACAAUGAUUCAAAAAGAUCAGAAUCUCUUAUGGACAUACAUCACAAAAAAUUAAAGAACAAGACAGCUGAAGAUAAAAAUAAGCCCCAAGAGAGAAGGCCAUUUGACCGUGAUCAGGAUCUCAAAGUCAACCGGUUUGAUGAAGCCCAGAAGAAAGCUCUGAUUAAGAAAUCUAGAGAACUAAACAGCCGGUUUUCUCAUGGCAAAGGCAACAUGUUUUUAUGAUGCAUGUUUUUUACUGGCAGAAGAACUGAGUUCAAAGUUAAGAUUCCCAGCCCCGCUGUUAGCACACUGAGUCACUUAACUUUUCUUCCGCAAAACUUUGCUUGUUAACCAUAAAUAUUUGUAAUAAAAUAUUUUAGAUUUUAAGGUGAGAUUUCUGCACAAAGCUCUUUCUUACAGUUAGCAUUCUUCUCUCCAUGCUGGGGAUCACACAGCGCCUACCCCAGGACCAAAGGGAGGAUGUGCUUCCUACAUUAUGUAUUGAAGUUCUCACUUACCAUGACACUGCAUCCAACAGGUUGUUUUGUGCCACCUACCAGGCUUGAGCUGUUUUCUCUGAGCUUUCAGAGAUCUGUGAUUUCUUCAGGGUUGGUACUCCUGUCACUGAGGCCACCAGCGAUGCUUCUGGUCUUUGAGAGUUCCUGUGGUCAGCCUGAUGUGGAGCCAACCUCUCUCAACUUAGCUAAACUGGUCCUCCGAUAAAAGCUGCGCAGGCUGCUGCCAGAAGCCCAGAAAACAAAUGGGUAGAUGCAGAGAAGGAAAGGGUACUUCCUGUUGUGCAGCCCUGUAGAAGGCUUGUCGAAAUCCAGACUCUGAUACCAUGUCAGAGAUUUGGGCUUACCUGCACACUAAAAGUUAAGUUUAGGGACUUUCAACUGAAAAAGAGCCUUGAUUAAUGAGAUGUUUAGGAAGUAUUCUAAUAUUCUCUCCUGUUGACCUUAGCAUCUAACAUUGUCCCAGGGAACAUCUGACAUUGUCCAUAAUUCCAACCCUUUAAAUUAUGGGAAAAGCUGGUAGGUAAGUCAUACUGAUUCAGAUAUUCAUAUUUGUAUCUAGAUAUAUGUAAGUAAAGGGUUGUAUAUGUAUAAAUUUUUUUCUGGACUAGAAAGUAUAUGAUGUAUGAGUAUAGAUAAUAAUGCUGUUUUUGUUAGAUAACCAAACCCUUGUGUGUUUUAUGCUCAUACAUUUGAAUUAUCAUUUUCUUCCAAAUACCUGUCUCACUAACAUUUUUGGUCAUUGCCUGGCUUUGGUGAUUGUCAAACAAUAGCGUUUUGGGAAUUGCUAUGUAGAUUUUGUUGAGAUUAGUUGAUAGAAGUUCAUCUGUUAUUAAUACCGUAGGGCCUCAAAAUUGAUUAGUAGUUUCCAUAGGAGCCAUUUGACUGUAAAAAUAUUGCAGUAUUAAUACAUCUUUUUUUUUUUAAAACAAAACUGCUAAUUGUCAUGAAUGACAUGUAUUUAAAAGUAUUAAUACUUAUUUAACAGUAUUUAAGAACAUAGGACCUUGGAAGAUGAACUGUCAUUACAUAGAGAAACCAAAGACUGCUUUUCAAGCUGCUGUUAUCUCUUCCCCUUUUGUCUCUUUGGAGCAUUCAUACAGUUUGCUACAAGAAAUACUCUCCCUGUAGUCAUUCCUAAUAAGAAUUAUCAUGGAGGAAAAGGAUAGUCAGUCUUGCCCAUAAACUGAAACAAAUGGAGGUUUCUGCUCUAGCUCAUCAGUUUAUUUUGAACUUGCAUAUGAUGCCAUCAUGAGAUUUAAAACUCAAGUCAUAAGAGAUUAUCUUUCCUUCUGCAGGAAAGAUUAAUUUUUUUUAACUCAAAAAUCACUUCAAAUUUAUCCCUAGUGUGUAAUACAAAUAAGGAAAAAUAUGUAUGUGCUCCUUGUUGUUAUGAACUUUACAAUUAAAGAACUGUUUUUGAAAAAUGGUGUUCCCAAGAUGUGAUACUUAACCUGGAAAUAAAGGUUUGUUUA